AUGGAAAUAUUUGAAAGUAUAACCAUUUUAGAUAAUAUUCGUUUUACCUCAGAUAGUUUUAAAAUUACUGUGUCACCUAGUUCUAUCGGCAUUCCAAACAAAAUUAUUGGACAACUUACGUUUCGAGAUAUACGAAGUGAUCAAAUAGAGGAAUGUGGGCAAUUAUUUUUUUUACUUGAAGGAGUCCAACAUAAUAACUUUCCAAUUUAUGUAGAAAACAGUACAGGUUUCAUUCGCUUUAGCCGUUUUAACAAUUUUAAUUGGCCAAAGCUGAUACAUCACAAAAUUUACAUGACUGUAAAAUUAUAUGUCAGCCCAAAUAAAGAAAUGGAUUCAUCGCGAAUUGUCAUCUCCUGGAAUUAUUUUACGAAAGAUCAGCAAGGAAAACAAUCGAAGUCCCAAAACGAUGAUUCCCAUCUGGAGAGGCUUAGAAGAAGUGUGAAUCCUUCAAACCUACAACUUCUCGUGACGAGAAGCGAUACAGCUACCAAUACAUUGUGUCCGACUGAAGUAAUAGCUCUAAGUGUUCAGCUUGGUCUACCUGCUGGUACAACUCCAAUAACAGUUGAAUUGUUUGGUCCUACUAAAGAUACUAUAAUCUACGGUUUUGUUGAAUUUAUUGAUAUUUCAUAUAUUGGAGUAAGAGUUUCAAACAGGGAUUUUUCAAUUGGCGUACGAAACACGACUAUAGAAACUGAUUACGAAUACAAAAAUACGUAUACAGCUGUUGAUUUAUCAAGUGUCACAGUGAUAGAUAUACCAAAUGUUGUGGAGAAUUAUAGUUUAACAUUGCGUUUUGCUGUUGGUUUGUGGAGUAAUAAUUCAAUAGUAGAUGGAAUGCAGUUUAUUUGUAACUGUAAAGUUUCUGACGGUAUUUCAGUGGUAACCAGUACAACUACAAUCACAUCACGUAAAUUAUGUACAGUUUUUCAACCAGAAUUAAACAUGUUAUCUAAUUUUCCAUACAUUGUACCGGGAGAUAUAUUGCUGUUUCAAGCAGAAGCAUAUUUUACAUUUGAAACCGGAAAUUAUACGUUCACAGUAUAUAUAAUCGGUUCCUCAUCUACUAUCAGCAACUUUGAAGUAAUUCUAGGUAAUGGAAUGAACUAUCCAGAAGGAUCUGAAGUUAGGCAAUCCGAAGAUGAUCUGACACUUACAAAACAAAUUGAUGUGCAAAUCAAAGGACUUAAAAAUAAAAAUGCUAGAGCGACAUAUCUGACUAAAUCAAACCGCUCAGUGAAAUUAAAUGCAUACAUACAAGCUGUAACGUACCCAUCAACGAGAGCAAUAAUUGGAUUUCGAUUCCGUUAUUCUCAAGCUGAUGUAAUUAUUCGUGAGAUUCAAAUACCUAUUAUAGCCAAUUAUAGAAACUUUAUAAAUGUUUCAAACCCUACUUUCAACUUUUCAGGAAUUUCAAGUCCAGCUAAAGUUGAAACAUUCGCUGAAGUUUUUUUCAGUCUUAGACUUCCUCCUUUAUCAAAGCAGAUUUAUGCUGUAGAAAUAGGCUUUGAUAACGUUUCUUUGGGUGAAUUCUGUUAUUCCACCAUCACAGAAGUUGGAAAAGGGAUCACAAACAGAACAACAGGGAUGAGACUGUAUACGGAAUAUAUGACUCAAAAGCUAACAAUGCAUCGAAGAAUGGCGGUAAUAAAUCUUGGAGUAUUGGAAAAUCCAGCAACAAACAAUACAGAUUAUUAUGUGAUUUUCAAAAUAAUUGUAAGACCAUGGAUGGAUAAAGCUUUUCCAACAAUCAGUGAAACUCAAAUUUAUGCACGGGUUUUCAUUACGGGUACACCUCAACAACGACAGUCCAUUGCAUUUUCUGUUGUCGAUGAGCCAAUUUUACCGAUUACAGCAAAUAAUUCACCCAACGUGAACCUUUACAAAACCGAACCUGCUCUAAGUGAACCUAUGGAUGCAUAUAACGGGAUUCUAUUUGCUGAAAUUUCUUGGGUUGAACAAGUGAUCUAUAGUCCCGUCAAGAUUUUACUUAGCAUUGUAGGUUCCGGAACAAAAUUAACUGAAAUAACAUUUAUUUCGAUUGGAAGGGCAUUGAUCACUGUAAUCCCCAGAGCUUCAAAUAUGUCAAUUACAAACAACACUGGUAUAAUUGAAUUACCCUCUGUAUAUGUUGUUCCCACUCCUUAUAAAUAUGACAAUAUAUUAGUCAUCAAGUAUUCGGUCAAAAUCGUCGGUACAACAAACUUCAAAGUUAUAUUAGAUGUUAUAACUGGAGGAUAUACAGCAACUAGUCAGGUUAACUUCGCACCGAUUGCUGCCGUAUCACCUCCACAAUUGACAAGUAGUCAAUUACCUUACUGGGCAAUCGACAGUUUGGCAACCUCUCGCAAUAAUAAUAGUGUAGUACGAGGUGCAUUUAAUUUACUUUCAUUCUCCAUGAUUAUAUGUUCAGGCGCAAGACAAACAUAUUCAGCUCAACUCUACGUUUUACAAAUUACAAAUAUUGUAACUUUUAUGAAGACAAAAACUAUUGUUUUUGGUCGUUCUAUUAGUAAGUCUGGAACCUCGUCCACUAUUGCCAAUGCUAAUACUAUAAACUUAAAUAUGGCUUCACAGUACUUUGAUAGUAGUGAAAGUAUCUCAAAUUCAAAAAAGGAAAGAUCAAUAAUCACUUUUCUUGUACCCUUAAAUGUCAAUUUAUUGGCAUCUUCAGUUGUUUCAGUGAGUGUUACAGUUCAAUAUGGAACACAAUCAGCUCAAACGUUCGUCAGUUUACCUGUUAUCCAGCCAGAAUCGAGUAUACCACAAACUUCUACCAGUUAUCAGAUAGAUGCCAUUAGCUUCCAAGACAGACCAUAUGAACGUACUUCCCUUGUCGCACUUGGACAAACUGUUCGACUUUAUAAUAAAAUUGGUCUUCCAAACACUAUGUGUACAACAUACUCAUUUGAAUUUACUAUGUCAUCCAAUUUAUGGCCAAUUGAUUUUCUUGAUGCACAACUCGUGAGCUAUAGUGAUUUUAUAUGGUCCACUAGUACUAUCAACCCUUUAAUAACUAAAUUAGGUUCACCAAUAUACAACAAAAUUACUAUGGACUUGGGAUCAUUAUGUGUUCCGGAAACAUACGACAAUCAGGUCCGCAUUGACCUAUUUUUUCGCCCAAGAAGUAAUUUUUCAGCGAGUACUGUAAAUGGAAAUAUAACUGUGUCUGUUCAAAGUUUGCUUACAGUGGGUACUCUAUCUAGUCCAUUAUCUCUGUCAACAGGCAUUUUUGUAUUUAAUAAAGAUGCACUCAUGAAAGAAAGUAUGUUUGUAUUACCAUCAUUCAGUGAAGACAAGUAUAAACCUUCGAUCAAAAACAUUACAAAUGGAAUUUCUUUUCAACCAGGCACAUGGACAAAGUUCUCAUUUAGAGUACAAGUACCAUUUGCCUCUUAUCUGCCUGAUUCAUCUAUCUUUGUGGGUGGUGCUAAUUCUAGUGCAGAGAAUGAAUCAAUUUUUACUGUUAAUGGUGCACUCUUAACUUUUGGAUCUAAUUUGGCUGGAUUACGUUUGGACCAAUUUAAACAAGUAUACUCAUCUACAUAUAUGAAUGGACAAAAGGAUUUGUUGGAAAUAAAAUUGGGAAAUGUUGUCAAUACAGGUGUUCUUUUACAACCAGAUUCAACCAGUAUAAAUGAAAAUGACAUAGCGGUUGAAGUAUCGAUUCGCUUAUCUGAUAGUAAACUUAGUGAUAAUGGAACAAAUGUUACGCUUCCUAUUCGAGUUAAAUUUGGUAGCCUCGAAGCUGUUAAUCAAAUGGAAGGCAAAGUGUUCAGGGUUGGUGAUGAAUUCCUUAAUCUACAGAUGAAUGUUAUAAAUUUAGAUGAAAACGUGACUGGUCUGGUAUAUAAUCCGAAUGAUACAAUAAACAUGAGAGCUAAAAUUCAAAUGAUGAAUAACUCGAAAAUGGAAUGUGGAAAACAAUGGCUAAAUAUUUAUCACAGUAUGGCCGUAAAAUCAGCAGAAAUUUUGUACUCCAUACCACCAGACUCUGUUCAGUUCAAAAGAAAUGAAACAAUAACUGUUAAGGAAUUCACACGUUUUCAAGCAAAUGGUUUCUAUUUUGAUAACAAUAUAGAUCUCUACUUUAAGCUACAGCUAAAUGACAAGAUAUUCAUUCCAAAUGGUAAAACAGAAGCAAAUCUAACAAUAGUUGUCGAACUUAUUUGUAUUACAUAUAAUCGGGAUAGAACUCUAUUAAAUUCAUGCAAUAAUCCGACAUUGAAAAGAAUCAUGAAGAAAGUUGUGGUUAAAACUAAACAACAAACUAUAACGGGUUCAGAUUGUGAAGAAGAUUUGGGCCUUUCUAACAGUAAAAUAAUUUUGCCCUGUCAGAUUACUUCAUAUGUGUCACCCUAUCUUGGAAAUACAGAAGAGCAAAUUAGAUUCUAUUCAGCGUCCGGUUGGAAACCAUUUGUUCGUCCAGGACCACAUGAUCCUUUGCGUUAUAUCACUAUUUUAUUCGGCCAACAGACAAAUGUCAGUAGAAUAGAUAUUAAUCUGAUAAACACAGCUAAUCAAGUUAUGAUUUUCCACUUGAUGGGAACCAAUGAUGGUCAAUCGUUCUUCGAUUUUAAGACAGUGUCAAUUUCCUACAUAAAUCAAAGUUAUGGCCGCAUAUUUCUUCAGCCAAAAUUUAUCUCAAGAGGAAUGCGAUUAAUUGUCAGUGAGACAACAAAUGAAAAUAAUGAUGUAUCUUUUACACUUGAACUUUAUGGAUGUAGACUUAACUUGGACAACAACACAUUUGAUCCAUGUGGUGUCCAAAAUGGUUAUGUGAGUUCAUCAAACAAUGGUGUACGAAGUUAUCUUUAUGCUGAUGGUUAUCUUUUCUAUUGUGAUGAAUUCCCCACCACAAUAAAAUCGUACCUUACUGAAAAACGGUGUUUCGUGACAUAUAACAAUGCUGACAUGAAGUGGACAGACUUAGGGCCAUUCAUUACAAAAGUCUUGAGUUACAUAAGUCCUAGUAAUAUAAUAUUUGCUCAAGGUCAAAACGAUGAUAGUAUCUUAUUGAGUAGUGAUUACGGAGAAAGAUGGACUUCCACUAACUUGUAUACACAAGUAGAAUUGACCAGAAAUGCAAAUUAUUACAUUAAUUCAACUAUUAUACCAUGGACUUAUGCUGCUGGAAAUUUCGAUCAAAGUGUUACUGGUAUAUCGUGUCAGUUAUACCAACAAAGUUCGUAUCAGUUUUGCUUUCAAGGCAUUUACAAAACUAAUACAAUGGUGUCUGAUUGGAACAGGAUUUGUCCGGCCCUCCCUUAA